AUGCCCAAGACUAUUUUUGAUGGUGUAUACUACUACAUUUCUGAGACAAUCCCUCUCGAGAAACGCGACCAGCUCAGCGAGGUUCUCGACGUCCGCGGCGGCACCCCAGUCCCCGUCGCAGAUCCUAGGCUAACCCACUUCAUCACCACCUCUUUACCCCUCGAAGAGUUUGUCGAGUCUCUCCCCGAAGACUCCCCAGCACAUACCGUCACCCCCUUCUGGGUAGAACGCUCAGCCGUCCUGGAUUCGACUCAGGACCCUGAGUACUACUACGCCGACCCCGCAUUCCUCUUCUCUGGCGUGGUCGCUGCCGCGACGGACCUCUCCAAAUCCGACUGCGAACUUAUUUCUGCUGCAGUGACAGCCCUCGGUGGGCAGUGGCGCACCGCUCUCACCCGUGAUGUCACCCACCUCUUUGCUCUCGCCCCCGGGAGCGCAAAGUACGAGACUGCGAUGCACUACCGCGAACAGACGGGCGUACGCGUCCUUGUCCCACACUGGUUCGACGACACGGUGCGUCUAGGUAUCCGGGACCUCCCAACGCGUCACUAUGAAUGGCCAGAACCGCGCGUCUUCCAACAAAGACCUGAGGGACGGACGACGCAGGAGGACGAGGACUACGAGCCUCCCUCGGAGCGUAUGAUGCUCUACGAGACCGCGUCAAUGUCGAACGACGAACAAAGGAAGGUGCGCCCUGCGUCGCGGAACGUCUGGAAAGGGAAGAAACUGCUGCUUGGGUUGUCGCUCGACCUGUCGGAGCACCAGAGGAAGGCUCUCUACGCCGACAUUCGACGCCAGGGUGGCGAAGUCGUCGAGCUGUCCUCGCCAAAGUCGGUGAAGGCAGCGGAUCGGGCGCAAGAGGAGGUUGCGAAGAUAGACGAAGCGGACAUCUUUGUCACGCGGUACAGAACUGGGGCUGCGUACGCGAAAGCAUAUCAGCAGAAGAAGACAAUCGGCACCCUAGCGUGGUUGUGGUACGUGCGCGCGACAGGCACGCUCACCCGACCCGCUGAUCAGCUCCUACACUACCCCAUUCCUGACAAACCUGCAGACGGCUUCGACAAGGAGGUCGUUACCGUAACGAACUACACGGGCAAGGAUCGCGAGUACCUCAAAAAGCUCAUCACGCUCAUGGGUGGUGAGUUCACUGCGUCCAUGUCCGCCGAGCACAACACCAUCGUCGUCGCAGCGUAUCUACAUGGAACAAAGACGGACAAAGCAACAUCAUGGUCAAUCCCGAUCGUCAAUCACACCUGGGUCGAGGACUGCUUCGUCCAGUGGCGCCGCCUCACCCCCGCCCGCGAAAAGUACAUCGUCUUCCCCCCAGGAGUCGACUUCUCCACCGUCCUCGCUGAACGCGGCAUCGGCCGCAUCUCUUGGGAGCCCGGCCAGCUCGAGGACAUGCAGCGCGCCCCAGAGGCAGGAACAGAUGAGGAUGUCGAGAUGCACGAAGAGGCCGGAGAGCAGGGGGCGACCCCGAGGAGAAGUCGGCGGAAGAGCAAGAGCGCGAGCGCGAGUCCGGCGAAGGUCAAGAAGAAGCGGCGCGCUGAGCAGGACAAUGACGAGGAGGGAGAGGGAGGGGUCCUACACGGGACGGCGCAAAGCGCGGGCGAGGUCGAGGAGGCCGUCGCGAUGGACGAGAACGAGGGCGAGGUCAGCGUGGGCGCGCAGAUGGACGUCGACGCGUCCUUCUCGGAUCUGAAGCCCAAAGGGCGCCGGCAGGCUCGUGACGAGAUGGACAUCGACGGGGAUGAAGAAGAGGACGCAGGAGCUGGCCCGAGCCAGUCCCCAGUCACGAAGCAAGACCCCCCGACGAAGCGCCCAGCGCCCGAGAAGGAGGCUGAUACCAAGGUCCCUGCGAAGAGGAAGCUCGUGCGGCGAUAUACCCCGCGCAAGACCGACGACGAGGCUGAGCCGGACGAGGAUGCCGAGGACGUCACGCCCCCGCGCGAUGCGGUGACGACGCCAUCCCCUGUGAAGCGCCACGCGAAGACAUACGGGAGCGCGAAGGCGAAGCGUGUUCAGCGCGAGCGCGACGAUGACGCGCAGACGGAGUCGCCGUCGCCAGUCAAAAAACCACAGAGUACGCGAUGGAAGGCUGCGCCUGCCGACGAGGACGUCGCGACGGCGGAGGAGUCGAGUGAUGACCAGUUACCUGUGGCAAAGACAAGGGCAAUGGCGAAGAAGCAGGAGGCUAGGAAACCGGUCAACACACGCGCCGCAAAGGGCAAGGAGAAGGCGAAAGCGAAGGAGCAGCCCGCAGCGCAGUCGAAGAAACACAAGCUUCUCGAGCUGAGCAGCGACUCGGAGUCGGAGUCCACAGAAGAGGACAUACGCUCCGUGCUCGGCGACCUGCUCCCCAACGGGAAGGGCAAGGCUCGCGCGGGGGCGACUUCCCCGACGAAGGUCGGUCGAACACCUCAGCGGCUCGACUCUGUUCUCGUGCCUACUGUCGCGGAGGUGUAUGGUUCCCCGGCUAGGCAGAGCGGAAAGGUGAGCCCGCAGAAAGUUGGACCUUCGAAGAAGACUGCGAAGAGUGCUCCCGCAGACGAGGACGAGGACGCAGCACCUGCUCGCGGAGGCAAGACGAAGAAACCUACACGUGCGGCUGCACCCUCUGAGUCCGGACGAUCUGAACCUCCACCGCCUGCGGCGACCAAGGCAGGGCGUAAGUCGUCCUCAAUCGAGAACGCGGAGGCGGGCCCGAGCCGUGCAUCGACGUCGACGCUUGCGAGCCCGGAGAAGAUGACGCGGACGCCGUCGAAACGGUCCGCUGCGACGAAAGCGACGCGGAAGCUGCACGACGUGAUCAUGCCCGACGUGGUCUCGUUCCAGAAGGAGAUGAAGAGGGGCGCUGUGCGUGCUUCGCGCGAGGGUACCGCUGACGCGAAGGAUUCCGCCAAAACGCCUGCGCCUGCUAGAGGGGGGAAGAAGAGGCGGUCGAUCGGGUCGGAAGGCGUAAGGAGCGAGGAGGACGAUGAUGAGAUGCCCGAGAGAAAGAAGCAGAAGCCGAAUGAGGUCGAAGAUGCUGCGAAAGGGGCUGCGAAGGGCAAGAAGAAAGCGGGGAGGAAAUCUGCGGCUGCUGGGUUGGAGGAGAGCCCUCCAGCAAAGGAACCUGGAACGUCCACUACAACGAAUAAUGAAGCAGCGGCGACGAAAGACGUACGGGUCAUGACGACACAGCUCACGCUCUCUGAAGACGUCUUGAGGGCGUUGACGAAGUUGGGCGUGAAGAUUGUUACGAAGCCUACAGAGUGCACACAUCUACUCGUGAAGAGUGUCGUCCGAACGGAGAAAUUUCUGUGUGCGAUGGCUGUUGCUCCGUAUGUCCUCAGUGAGAAGUGGGCGGUUAUGUCUGCUGCAAACAAGAAGUUGCUACCUGAGGCGGAUUACGCCAUCAAGGACGAGACCACGGAGAACAAGUACAGCUUCAGCCUAGACGACGCACUCAAGCGGGCGAAGCAGAACGCGGGAAAGCUCUUCAGAGGAAUCACCUUCUACAUCACACCUAAGGUAUCAGUUGAGACCAAGCUGUUGAAGAACGUCGUCACAGCAAAUGGCGGACAGGUGUCGACACAAACACCAACUGUUCGCAUCCUGGCUGGGCAUGGCAACCGUUUCGUCAUAUCCUGUCCCGAAGACGUGUCGAUCUGGCGGCCUCUCGCACAACAUCACAAGAUUUAUACACAAGAAUUGAUUCUCACCAGUGCUCUGAGGCAACGAAUCGACUGGGAUGAUACCGCGUUUCAGGUCCCCGCCUCCUGGUAAUUUCUCGGCCUGUGUUAUUCGUACCACCGAUAUGUAGCUGUCAC